UGAGCACACUACUACACACACGGCAACAGCAUCGAACGAAGCACUCACUCGAGCACCUCGAUAUCUGCAAUCCUACGGUUGGUCAGAUGGCCUCGUCCUGGGCGGCGGCGAUGAGCGUGGGCGCGGGCACGGUGGAGGCGCUCAAGGAGCGGCACGCCGGGCUGUGCCGCUGGAACUACCGCGCCCUCCCGUGCGUCCAGCAGCGCGCUGGUACCGCGGCCGCCGGGAACGGCAAGACCAUGGCGGCGGCCUCUGCCGGCGGGGCGGCGGCGAGGAGGAGGAAGGCGAGGCAGGAGCAGGAGGAGGAGCUCCGGACAGUCAUGUACCUCAGCAACUGGGGACCAAACAACUAACUAGCCGGUUGCUCAUCAGUCCCCUGUUCUUCCUAGUGGCCAGAAUGGUGCACCGUGCACAAGCUGCACCAGGUCGUCCGGCUGGAUCUGCAUGUGAACUGUGAACACAGCAUGCUCCUUCUCGAGCUUGUGUAAAAAGUACUCCCUAAAAGAUCUUUUACAGAGGGAGUACUGGUUAAACUGAAGAGAAGACGAAAUGUCCACAUCUAUGCCGCACACUAGAUUCCCAUUACCUGUGUGCUCCACGAGCGAAUCAGAAACCAUACGUCGCACUCUCCCUCCCACAAUCUGUGUGCACGCACGACCGUUUCAGUUUCGUCCACACGUGAGACUGCCGGCCACCGGUUACUCAUGGACGGCCAAUACCGCACGCCGGAAGAGAAGGACACCGGCAUGUCGACGAUGCGACGAAGAACCAAUCGACUCAGGCUCAGCAAUCUGAUGGAUUUGGAGCCCAACCGUACUACACGGCACCACGGUCCACGUUAUGUGCCGCACUUUGCUCCCAUAUACGGUCGUCUGAAUUUACAGAUGCCUUCGUAUGGUCCAUCUCUUUUUUUUUUCUAAAUGUUCGUCAUCCUUGUUAAGUACUACU